ACAGUGAAGUGACAUUUGUAAAUUCAGAUCUAGAAAAGUCGACGGCAUAGCAGCUUUUGUUAUCGUUUUUGCUUGUUACCAAAAUAGUCUUUUUCAGUACCUUAAUUAAACAUUUUGGGAACUUCAAUAACUAUGAGUGAAGCAAAGGAAACUCCGCCGGCAGAGCCUGCGAAUCCAAAGAUUAAACACGAUUGGUACCAGACUGAUUCCCAAGUAAUCAUAACAGUUCUCCUCAAGAAUGCUCCAAACAACAAAGUGAAAGUUCACUAUGGAGACCGUAGUGUAUCCAUAUCAAGUGCAAUUCCGAACUCAGAAUCAGAGUACAGUCUGGAACUCGAGCUAGCACAUGAGAUUGUACCUACCAUGUGUACAUAUGUAGUCACACCCUCAAAGAUAGAGGUCAAACUGCGCAAGAAGGAGGGCAUCCGUUGGACCCAGCUUGAAGGUGAAGGGGAAGAGGAGAAGAUAAAAGCUAUCCCACAAGCUGUUAUUGAUGCCUCUGGACCACAGCAACCUCCCAAGCUCUUUAGAAAAGAUUGGGAUAAAAUUGAACGGGAUAUUAAGAAGAUGGAAGAAGAAGAGAAAGAGGAGGGUGAUGCAGCUCUGAAUUCCAUGUUCCAGAAGAUAUAUGGUGAAGGUUCUGAUGAAGUCCGCCGCGCUAUGAACAAGAGCUAUGUGGAAUCUGGUGGUACGGUGCUAAGUACAAACUGGAACCAGGUUUCAAAGGAGAAGGUCGAGGUUAAGCCGCCCGAUGGACUGGAAUUCAAGAAAUGGGAGUCGUAAAUUAAUUUAUAAUGUAAUGUGAACUAUUCAAGAAGUAAAUCCUUGUCACAGUAAGUGGUAACUGCCAAAGUAUCUCACUAUUAGAUAUAUGUAAUCACUUCAUUGUCUAUCUGUGUGUCCUAUAUUGUAAUCAAUCA